GCUGAGGCGGCGACCGCGGGAGUCGCUGCUGAGGCGACCGCGGGCGCGGGUCGCGUCGGCGCUGUCCGCGGGGCCGGGCCGGGCUGGCAGCAGCUGGCUCCUGGCGCUGAGGGCAGGCUCCCGGGGAGGGCGGAAUGGCCCCCACCUAGGGCAGUGGGAGAAGCGGCUGAGCCCAGGAUGCCGGGAAGGCGGCGCGGCGGCUCCUCACUCAUCCCAGAUGUUGAUCAUCUUUCUGAAGUAGAAUCUCCAUGGCCUGAACAAUUUCUGAAAAUCAUUUGGAGCAAAAUAGCUGUUUAAUAACAAGAUAACUACAUCAAGAUGGUUGGAAAACUGAAGCAGAACUUACUAUUGGCAUGUCUGGUGAUUAGUUCUGUGACUGUAUUUUACUUGGGCCAACACGCCAUGGAAUGCCAUCACCGAAUAGAGGAGCGUAGCCAGCCCCUCACGUUGGAGAGCACGAGGACCACGGUGCGAACUGGCCUGGACAUCAAAGCCAAUAAAACCUUUGCCUAUCACAAAGAUAUGCCUUUAAUAUUUAUUGGAGGUGUGCCUCGGAGUGGAACCACACUCAUGAGGGCCAUGCUAGACGCGCACCCUGAUAUUCGCUGUGGAGAGGAAACCAGGGUCAUUCCUCGAAUCCUGGCUCUGAAGCAGAUGUGGUCACGGUCGAGUAAAGAGAAAAUACGCUUGGAUGAGGCUGGUGUCACUGAUGAAGUGCUGGAUUCUGCCAUGCAGGCCUUCUUACUGGAAAUUAUUGUUAAGCAUGGGGAGCCAGCCCCUUAUUUAUGUAAUAAAGAUCCUUUUGCCCUGAAAUCCUUAACUUACCUUGCUAGGUUAUUCCCCAAUGCCAAAUUUCUCCUGAUGGUCCGAGAUGGCAGGGCAUCAGUACAUUCAAUGAUUUCUCGGAAAGUUACUAUAGCUGGGUUUGACCUGAACAGCUACAGGGACUGUUUGACCAAGUGGAAUCGUGCCAUAGAGACCAUGUACAACCAGUGUAUGGAGGUUGGCUAUAAAAAAUGCAUGUUAGUUCACUAUGAACAACUUGUCUUGCAUCCUGAACGGUGGAUGAGAACUCUCUUAAAGUUCCUCCAGAUUCCUUGGAACCACUCAGUAUUACACCAUGAAGAGAUGAUUGGGAAAGCCGGGGGAGUAUCUCUGUCAAAAGUGGAGAGAUCUACAGACCAAGUCAUCAAGCCAGUCAAUGUGGGAGCUCUAUCAAAAUGGGUUGGGAAGAUCCCUCCAGAUGUUUUACAAGACAUGGCAGUGAUUGCACCCAUGCUUGCCAAACUUGGAUAUGACCCAUACGCCAACCCACCUAACUAUGGAAAACCUGAUCCCAAAAUCCUUGAAAACACGAGAAGGGUCUACAAAGGAGAAUUCCAGCUACCUGAAUUUCUUAAAGAAAAACCUCAGACUGAGAAAGGGGAGUAGCAGAGCCAGGAACCUCUAAUGUACCUGAGGGAUUCAUCAUGGACCAGCUGUUUAUAGAAUGCAGUGUCAGUUGACUCCAGCCUUGCGUUGCAUCUGCAGCAGUGUUUCGUCUUUGCUUGUGAGGCCUGCAGGUGCCCACGUUCAAGGAAAGAAAGACUCAGGAGAAGCUGGGAAGACAUCAGAGCAUCUCAAGCUAAAUAGUAGUCUUUUGGAUCCCUUUGGUCUAUGAACAACAGUCACUGUGUUUUCUAAAGCUUCCUGUACGGAACCUCAGUAUCCACUUUUUCAUAUAAAGAGUCCGCACGUUUGACCUCCGGACCUUUGACGUCUCUAUCAGUGCCCCUGCAGUAGCUUCAGCUGCAAAUGACAGUUGCAGUCAUCUCAAAACGGGCAGGAGCAGCACUUGCUUUGGCUGUCAUAUGCUUGUUCUGCACGUUGAAGCUACCGGCAGGCUCUAAAAGCACCGCAGACUGAGGGAGACUGUGCCUCUCCCGUAACCUUCUGAGGCAGCUGUUCUCGUAAUUGUCCAGCUCCCUGCCCAUCUGCAUGGCUCCUGCCAGGCCCACCACUGGAAAGGAGGUGUGUCGUGCCGGGGAGAACAAACUGUGACUCCACACCUGUAACGACAUUCUGUUUGUUUGCUCUAGGGAAGACUGCUGCUGCCUUUUCAACGGCAGAGAAAUUUCUAGGUCUGGCUGUCCCCUGCUGAGAUGAAUGGAUGUGUGUACCAUGGCCCGCGUCUCCUGUCAUUUGCCAAUCUCCCCCCACUGAGAGGGUGGGAUGUCAGCACACAUUCCGACCUUCCUGAGUGGCCUGCUUCCCGAGUCCAACGCUCUUGAACCUAAUUACAUGCACAGCCCCGUGGAUAAGGAGCCCAGAGGGGAUGUGUGCUUUCUGUUAAAACUGCUCUGGUCCUCAUCUUUUCUUACCAGAUUCCAAACUGUGUUUUCAAGGGGAGGGUUUUAAAAUGGCAUCGUGUAAGCGAAAGUGGGCAGUUUCAUCUUGGAAUAGGUUGUCCGUACAUGUUCUAAUGUUUUGUAGAACACUUGUACCUGUUUAAAUGUAUUGAUGUCGAUAGUAUUAAAUACCUUAAUUAUUUAAAUAAUUCAUUGUAUUGUUUCUGAGAAGUUGAGGAAUUACCACAUACAUUUACAACUUGAUGCCUUUUGUAUUUUAUUUUUCAAAAUAAAAGCCUUAAAUGUGAAGCA